AUGGCCGAGGGGGGAGCUAAAAGAGCCGCCUCCCCCACUCGCGCAAUCUCCCCACCCCCACUGCGCCGGAAAGUCGACUCAACCGUGAACAAGAAAUCCGUUGCCUCUUUCUUUACACCUGCCUCCCAGAAGAAACCAGAACCUCUUACAUGGCGCGUUCUCGGUACCAGUCUCAUUGUUGGGAGAUAUACAGCGGAAAAGCAAGCCCAGAAACCGCCUGCGGAGCGCCAAAAGAUAGCGGCAUUUGACCUAGACUCGACCGUGAUUAAAACCGCGUCGGGCAAUGUAUUCCCCAAGUCAGCAACAGACUGGAGAUGGUGGCAUGCUGCUGUACCCGGUCGUCUUCGAGAACUUAACUCUGAAGGUUUCCAGGUAGUGAUCCUCUCGAACCAGAAAAAGAUCAGCAUACAAAAAGAUCUAAAGGGUGGACGAAGCGACUCGAAGAGCUUGGCCAUGUUUAAAGAGAAAAUUACGGCCGUUAUGACCGAGCUUGAUAUCCCAUUGAGCGUCUACGCGGCCACGACCGACCCACUAUAUCGAAAACCGCGGCCGGGCAUGUGGCGCGAAUUCUUGGAUGACUAUGACCUUGAUAUCGCGGGCGUCGAUCUGCCGGGGUCAUUCUUUGUUGGCGAUGCCGCGGGACGGCCGGGUGAUCAUUCGGCAGUGGAUCGUGGGAUUGCUACCAAUAUCGGGAUCGCAUUCAAAACACCAGAGGAGUUUUUCCUCGGCGAGGAGCCGGCGCCAGUGACUGGAGUUUUUGACCCCACGUCGUACAUGAAGCCCGAUCCAGACGAGCCCGGCCCGUCACCCUUUUCCCGCAUGCAUCCCGUCGAGCUCGUCAUCUUUUGUGGUAGCCCGGGUGCGGGCAAGUCAACAUUCUAUUGGAACCACCUGAAACCACUCGGCUACGAGCGGGUGAAUCAAGACAUUCUCAAAUCACGCCCCAAGUGUCUGAAAGUGGCUCGUGAGCACCUUGAGGAGAAGAAAUCUGUGGCUGUCGACAACACCAAUGCCGACCCAGAGAUCAGGGCUCACUGGACGGCCCUGGCAAAAGAACUGGAUGUCCCCAUUCGCUGUGUGCAGUUUAUUUCUUCUCCCGGGUUGUGCCAGCAUAACAACGCUGUCCGAGCUGCCAACAAGGAACUGAACCCCGAGUCCAGGGCUUCGCUGCCCGGGAUUGCAUUCGGCGACUUUGCACGCCGUUUCAAGGAACCUACUCUCGACGAAGGGUUCGCCGAUAUCGUUCCAGUAAAGUUCCAGUUCCAGGGCAGUGAAGAGGCAAGGAACUUGUGGGGGCAGUACUGGGUUUGA